CACUCGGCAGAACUGUAACAAGCGAGACAGACAUGAUUCAGCGCUACAUGUGUGUGGUACUGGCAGUGGUGGUGGUGGUGGCUAUCGCAGCUGUGCGUAGUGGUGAAGCAAGUGAGCUGGGUGCUGAAGGCGCGGCUCAGUUUGGCCAGGCUGGCGAGGCUCGCGAGGCUUGGAAGGCCUUUGUGGCCUCGCUCACUGGUGCCGGUGUGGAGGCGACGGUGCUUGAGCCGCUGCCUGGUGUGGUGCCUGGGGACAUGGGUCUGACGGUGGGCGUGCCAGUGGCGGCUGGCGAGGUGUUGGCCUCGUUCCCAGCCUCGCUCCGGCUUGCCACCCCGUCAGUCGAGGCUAUCCGCGCCGCCGGGGGCGCACCGCCAUCGCCGGCUGAUGCCUCCAUCCAUGACAUCAUGGCCAUGGCCAUGGCUCGCGGCCUGGACGCCAAGAUGGCGCUCGCGCUGGCGCUUGCUCAUGAGACCGUCCGCGACGACUGGGAAGCCUCGCUUCUUGCAGGCUACAUCGAGAUCUUGCCCGAGACCUUUGACGCUGCUCCGCUCUUCUACGGCCGCGAGCUGGUGUCCGAGAUGCAGGGCGGCCUGGCGUGGCGAGUUGUUCAGCAGACCAAGGAGGCUGCGUCGCUCAAGAGCAUCGUGACUCAGCUCGAGUCAAUGUUCCCGGCCCUCUUCCCGCCGGCCAGCCUCGAGCCGCACGACGUCGAGUGGGCGUACUACCUCGCCCACUCGCGGUCAUGGACCACGCCGUCGGGUGAGCUUGUCCUUGUCCCGCUCAUGGACAUGCUCCAUCGGACUGUCAACGGCUCGGUCGAGGCUUCGGUCUCGAAGUCGGGUCGCAUCGUCCUCACCGCCACCCGUGAUUUGGCCCCCGGUGAGGAGGUCUUCCUCAACGCCGCCCCCGCCUCGGCCGCCGAGCUCUUUGCGCUCCACGGCCCCUCGCUCGGUGGCCACGCUCUGCCCGACGUCGCCUUUCUUGGCCUCAACUACAACCCGGUAGAUGACAAUGCCGACAACGUCUUUGCCGCCACCAUCGACGCCCUCCUCGCCAACGCCAAGUGCUUCACUCCGGACGCAGUCGCCGACCUCUUUUACGUUGGCGACGAGCUCCCGCUCAGCUUUCUCGCUUGCAUGCGCCUCGCCCUCCUCACCGUCGACGACUACGCCCGCAUCUCCGCCCGCGAGGCCGCCACCGGCGAGUCCUGGCCGACCGACGAGCGCUUUUCGGCCGACAACGACCUCGCCGUCUUUGCCACCAUCCGCGCCUCGCUCACCUCGUCGCUCGACGACUACCCGACCACCAUUGCCGAAGACAACGCCGCCCUUGCUGAGCUCGACUCAGCCUCUACUGCCGCCGCCAUCAUCUCGCUCCGCAAGGCCGAGAAGCAGCUCUUUGUUUCGGCGCUCUCGGCCGUCGACCGCGCCUGGCACGCCAUCCUCGCCGACGCCGCCGAUGCCCAGCUCUUGCUCUGAGUAAAUCGACAUGUACAG